UACGUCUAUCUCUUGCAGAGCUGCGCAGUGAAAACUUUCAUUCGCCGCCAUUUUGUGCCAGAGACGGAUCGCCAGUCGUCUUCCCUUAGUCGCUAUUCCCCGGUUUAUUUAUCCCCCUCGUAUCCCUUAGCGUUGUCGUUGUCGCCAAGUCACGCAUUUACGGCAGUAUUGGUUAUUAAGCUGAAGAAAAGAGGACAGAGAUCUGAGCAGUUCUCCAAAUUCCCCCUCCACCCUUCCCUGACCUGUUCUGGCUGAAUUUAAAUAACGACCACUCUCCUUGCCCUUCCUCAUUUCCUCUAGGGUAGUCUUUUCAAAUUGCACAUGUAGCAUUUCAGUUAUUUUUAAGCGAAAGGGACUUAAAUUGUUCUAUAACAGUGAGGUUUUGCUGAACACCAGGAGCCUACAAACCUCCAUUUUAAAUACCAGCCAAGUCAUCAUUGUGAAUUUUAUUUUUAUUGGACACGGAAGGACAAAAUGUUGCACUUGUCAAGUCCUAUGAACAGCCUUUCACCUCCUCCCCACCCCCCACCCUCCCUCUCCCAUCCCUUCAAUGCAGAAUUUUUGGGGUGUGUUACCUGAUGGUGAUAAAUGACACUUUGAUAUGACAUGCUACAAUUUUUUAAGAAUAGCUAGAAUUUUUAAAUGGACUUUUUAACGUACUCUUCAUUUUUUCUGAUUUGGAUUAUUUUCAUAAUUUUUCCCCUUUUUUUUUUCACAGCGAAGAAUUUUUUUUGAAACAUCAACUACAGUAAGUCUCGCUUUUCAUGUGUUUUUUAAAAAUUGUUUUUUUCAUUUUUAUUUUUCAAAAAAGUUCCUGCCUUACUGGUCUCCUUUUUAACAUUGCUGUAUUUCUGAUAUUUUUAAUUUUUAGUUUUUAUAGUUUUUGUUUUUAUAUUUAUAUGUAUAAAUGUUGGUUCUGAUGCUGAUUUUUCUCAAUGUUUUUUUAUUUUUAUUUUUUAUUUUUUAUUUUUUUUUUCCUGGUGGGGGUUGGAUUGGGAAGGAGAGUCUUUCUAUCCUUUUCAAAAUGCAUAAUCCGUCAUUUUUGGUCCAGGUUAUACGUUUUUCUCCCCAUUGCUAUGUGUAGUUGUCAGUAUUUUUCUUGCUUUGUUUAAAGCUGGAAUUAAACUGCAUAUGACUUAACAGGUUUUGGUAUUGUUACUAGUAAAACUGUUGGAACCCUUUGCAAUGUUUUCCUACUGUGCAUUACCACUUGUGGGCAGUGGCGUUUUUGACAGUUGCCAGUCCAUGUCCCUUCAUUUAGGCCCCUUCCCUGCCCCUCCCCAUUCCGUACCCCGUUCCUUUGCCCCACCGCUGACAACCAGCAUCAAAGAAGGGAGCAAGACCUCUGGCAUUCCAUUCUUCUGACGCAUGGUCUUCUUUGUGUAGGGUUUGAAAAUGAUGGCCAGCAACAUCACUAAUAAAACAGAUCCCCGUUCUAUGAACUCCCGAGUGUUUAUUGGGAACCUAAACACGUUAGUGGUGAAGAAAGCGGAUGUAGAAGCAAUCUUUUCUAAAUAUGGCAAAAUUGUGGGCUGUUCCGUACACAAGGGUUUUGCAUUUGUACAGUACAACAAUGAGCGCACUGCCCGUACAGCUGUAGCAGGAGAAGACGGACGCAUGAUAGCUGGACAAGUCCUGGACAUCAACCUUGCGGCAGAGCCCAAAGCCAACAGGGGAAAGGGAGCAAUCAAACGGUCAGCAGCUGAUAUGUAUGGAUCUUCAUUUGAACUGGACUAUGAUUUUCAGCGAGACUACUAUGAGAGCUAUACUGCAGCCAGAGUACCCCCACCACCGCCUAUUGCUCGAGCUGUGGUACCUUCAAAGCGUCAGAGGGUUUCUGGAAACACUUCACGUCGUGGAAAGAGUUUCAACUCCAAGAGCGGUCAGCGGGGUGGAUCAUCCAAGUCUAGCAAGUUGAAGGGGGAUGAUCUUCAGACCAUCAAAAAGGAGCUCAGCCAGAUAAAACAGAGAGUAGACUCUCUCCUGGAAAGCUUGGAGCGAAUUGAACGUGAGCAAUCUAAACAGGUGAAGGGAGAGGAUCUGCAGACCAUCAAAAAGGAGCUCAGUCAGAUAAAACAGAGAGUAGACUCUCUCCUGGAAAGCUUGGAGCGAAUUGAACAUGAGCAAUCUAAACAGGAAACAAAAGCAGAUGAAGAACAGGGUGGAAGCUCUGUAAAGAAGGAAGAAACCGGUGUUAAGAUGGUUCCAGAGGAAGGAGGAGAUUCUGGAGAAGAAGGAGACCUACUUGAUGAUGACGAGCAGGGAGAAGAUGUGCUUGAAGAAAUGAAAGAUGGUGACAAAGAAACAGAGGAGGGAGAAGAUGAAGGGGACAGUGCAAAUGAGGAAGACUCUUAAGUGUUCUAAAUUCCCUACAAUCCCUUUCUGCCUAUUGUGUAUAGUUGGCUCAUAGCUCUACCUGUUAACAUCCUCCAUACCACCAGCUCUUUAAGCCUGUUUAUUAUGCACCCUGCAUUUCCUUUGCCGCCUCUUCAUUUUGAUACCUACUUGCAACUUCUAGAAUAAAAGUGUAUUGUUUUUACCUGUCUUGCAGUCUUUUUACUUUAUCUAUUCAUUUUGCAGAAGUUGAGUUGGGUGCUUGUUACUUGCAUCGUUAGAUGACAAGGGUUAAUCUGUGUAUUUAAACUUUCAUUUGCUGACAGGUAAUUUUCAAAUGAAAGAUCUUGCUUUAAAUAUUCAGUUUUAUGUUAAUAAAGAUUAUAU